ACCUCUAGUUGCUUGACGGGCUACAGCUGUCAGUCGUCUCCAGUCUCUCUUCGAGUCGUCACGGAUAGUACAAUAGGCUGUGCUGCAUGAGUUCAGUGGCCUCUCGACCCUUAGUCAUGUGACUUCGAUAAACCAGCAAGUUCCAAUCACACCAGCUAAGCAUCGAGAAAAUAUUCAUGAUAAACCAUACUCUAUGUAAAGACGGGCAGCCAACAAUUCUAACCACCGAAUGAGAAAACAGAAAUACUCGAAGGCGAAAGGCGUGCAGCUGUUGGAGUGAGUGGGAAAUACCGAGGAGUGGGACAAAUGAUCGUGGAAGGCCGAAUGUGAAGUGAGUUUAAAAAAAAAAGUAUCAGCUAGACCGUCUCCACUCUUCCUCAAAUCCAACUCAGGAGUAGUACCCACGUCAUUCCGCUCGCGUUUGUUCGAACGGGAGGUUACUAACCCAGUUAUCCAGUUGACUGUUGAACACUGUGGAGGUCCAGUCGGUGGGGUACAAUCUGCUCUGAUCAAUCGGCAUCAGUCGCUGUUGAUUGAGUGGCAUUCAGUGAUUUGUGUCAGACGAAAAUAAAACGGCGAUGGCGAGUGUUGACACAGAUUUGGAGGAGUUGAUGUCACAUCUUGGUGAAUUUGGAAAGUAUCAAGCAUGGCAAUACUCGCUGCAUGUGCUUGCAGGUCUGACAGCUGGAUUACAUAUGUUGACACUGCUGACUGUGGCUGCUGUACCAUCACACAAAUGUGUUGUACCAGGUUUGCGGGAGGAACUUGGUGGAAAUUUGACUUGGGAGAAUGUACCAGAGCCUCUCAAAUUAUACAGCAAUGGAAGUACAUUUGAGAAUAUCCCGAUGAGUCUGGACUUCUGUCACUACAGGGACUUUGAUAACAAAACGAGGGACUGCCAAGAGUGGGUGUACGAUACUACUCACUACAAAUCUUCAAGGGCCAUGGAUUGGAAUUUAGUGUGCUCAAGAAGAUGGAAAGGUGCACUAGCUCAGUCUUCCUACAUGCUCGGUGUUUUCAUUGGUGCUGUGACACUUGGUACUCUGGCUGAUAAAUACGGUAGGAAAGUUAUUUUCUGUAUAUCCGCGACGAACCAGUUGAUACUGGGAAUUCUAGUUGCUCUGGUGCCCGAGUACUCCACUUUCCUCAUCAUGAGAUUCUUAUAUGGAAUAUUUGGAUCUGCUGGAGCCUACAUCACUGGUUUUGUGCUGACGAUGGAACUAGUGGGGCCAUCGAAAAGAACGGUAUGCGGGUUGAUGUUUCAACUGGCAUUCGCAUGUGGCUUUGUCAUUGUCGCCUUCUGGGGUGCCUUCAUCAAGGAUCGCAUGUGGCUGCAAAUCGUUUACGGUGCACACUCUGCCCUCCUGAUUGGCCACUGGUGGCUCAUGGAUGAGUCUCCCAGAUGGUUGUGGGCCCAGGGCCGUGGUAGACAGGCUGUGGAGAUCGUCCAAAAAGCUCUCAAGAUGAACGGCGAUGAUACUGUACUCGAUACUGCUAAAUAUGUGUCCAAGAAUCGAGCAAAACAGGCCUCGAGGGACUCCACUGGGAACUACAGUGCGAUAGAUCUCUUCAAGACACCUAAUCUCAGAAAAAAAACGUUAAACGUCUGUCUCAAUUGGUUUGCCAACUCAAUUGUCUACUAUGGGCUCUCGUUGAGUACCGGUGCUUUGAUGGGAAAUCCUUACAUCAACAUAGCUCUUAGUGGAAUCGUUGAAUUUCCUAGUUAUAUAUUCACCUGUGUCACUAUGGAUCGUCUUGGACGAAGAUCUCUCGUCAGUUCAUUCAUGCUUAUUGGUGGCACCUGUUGUAUUGUUGCGACAUUAAUUAAGGGUCGGUUCAUCACAGCUGCUGCGACAAUAGUACUACUGGGGAAAGCUUGUAUUGCUAUUUCAUUCGCAGUUAUCUAUAAUUAUACUGCCGAAUUGUUUCCAACUGUGUUGAGGAAUACUGCAUUGGGAAUUGGAUCCAUGUGCUGUCGGUUGAGUGGUUCACUAACUCCAAUGUUCUUACUGCUAGACUCACUGGAUCCCAGAGUACCUGCCGUUACCUUUGGUGUGAUUGCAUUGGUAUCAGGAUUCUUAUCUCUCUAUCUGCCAGAAACAGCGGGACAACCGAUGCCUGAAAGCCUUGAGGAUGGUGAGAAGUUUGGAGUCGGUGAUACUUGUUUCACGACUUGUCUCGGGAGGAAGAAAAACGAAGAUACUUAUGAUGUUGCACUUAAGCCGAUGGCUAAGGAGACUGAGAAGAUUAAUGGUGAUAGUGAGGAUAAGUUGAAGAAUUCUCAAUAAUCACGGAGAUUUUUUUGCUCGGUGAGGACAGUUGAUUUAUGAGGGGUCUGGGGAGAUAAACAGAUACAUUGAUGGGUUGAGUCUUGAGAUUCUGGGAGAAUCGGGGCUCACCGCGGCACUACUCAUGGUGCUUAGCGGACGUUAAAUAAUGGAAAUUGUACUUUAUCAGGUGCUUGAUUUCACGUGAAGGUGCUUAUUACGAAUGUACGGUGGAAUUACAAAGACUGAUGGCCCUGUUUCUUAUCUAUCGUUACAUUAACUUCCUCGGUUGAUUCUGGGUUUGAUUUUAUUAGAAAUUUAUUUUUUUUAAUGAAGGAGAGAACUAUUGCGGACGUAGUUCAUCGCCAGGAUUCUUAACUUUGGGGUGAAUUUAUAAUAUAGUUGUUUUUUUAUAUUCAAAUGUUAUGAGAUUGAAAUUUUAUGGUGCAUUACAUUGAGUGAAUUAUGAAAAAGCGAGAAAGUAUAAAAAAAUAUAUUACUUUUCAUUUAGGUCAUUUUUCGAUCCACAAAUUGUCACAAGAAAUUUUUGUAAAUCAUUUUUACAUUAAUCAAGAUACUUUUAGAAGCUGAUGCGGUAAUUAUAGGGAGCAAUAUUUUUAUUGAUAAAAUUGAAAAUAUAGGUUUAAAGUUGGUAUUUAAUUUCCUUAUUUUCCAUGAAAAAAAAAGGAUAGUACAGGAGACAAUACUAAUCUAGAAGUGUUCACUGUUAUGGAAACUUUUAUAUUUUAUAUUUGAAUGUUACGAUAAUGGUAAUUUUUCAAUGUAUUAAAUGACGAGAAAUAAGAAAACUGUUUAUGGAACCAAUAAAAAUCUAUCCUGUAACUCGCA